AUGCCGAGACAGAACGGGGGGGAAGGGGCUGCCUCUCUCCCCACUGCCUCCUAUAUAAGGCUCCUCGGGGGCCUUCCAAGGCACAGUCUCAUCUGUCCCUCAAGGAUUAUACCAUCCAUCAUCAUGAAGGCAUUCCUCGUGUGUCUGGUAGCGACAGUAGCAGUAGUGAGCGGCGAGCCUCCGGUGAGCGGAGGGUACAGCUACUCCAGGCCCGGAGGUCAUGGAGGCGGAGGACAUGGAGGCAGCUUCGGAGGCGGCAGCUUCGGCGGCGGCACCCUCGUCCCAGUCGCUCCAGGACCCAACACCAACGAAGGCCAAUACGUCGACGGCCAGAUCCUCGAGGAAGUGAGGAAGAUCAUUCUUAAGGACGAAGCCGCGUCCUCCUCCCUCCACGGAGGCGGCGGUGGCGGCGGAUACGCCCCCAGCUCGUCCUACGGAGUACCAUCCUCCUCGUACGGCGUCCCGUCCUCCAGCUACGGAGUGCCCAGCACCCAGUACAUCAGCAGGGUAGUUGGAGUCGACCUCGAAGGCGUCAAGCAGGCUCUGCAGGUGGCCCAGUACGAACAGAACUCCGGCGGCGGCGGCGGCGGCUACAGCUACAGCGCCCCCUCCUACACCAGCUACAGCGUCCCGUCCUCCGGCUACGGCGCCCCCUCCCGCCCCUCCGGCUCCUACGGCGUGCCGUACUAAGGCAGCCGGCGCCGCCUCCACCCAUC